CUAUCAAGCUUUCAUUUUUGUUGUUGUUCGCUUUCAGAUGCUGAAAUUUAAUUAGCUUCAGACCAAAGUAAGCACAUCAGUAACGGAAUCGUGUUAUGAUAAGAAGGGGAACUGUUAAUGAUCGCUCUCAAUAGGGUAUUUGUACGCGUCCAGCUCUUGUCUUCUCGAGUGUUUUUAUUCAGUGAUCGACUCUCAUACCUAAUCAUUGUAUAUUACAGCCACAAUUGAUUGCCGUUCAUUCAAGAAUGCGGAGGAGACACUGAUCUCGGGAACAGGAAGAAAGAUCUAAAAGGCUGAUCCCGAUGGAAAAUUUUACAGAUUUAAACGACUUCCGUUUUUUCAAAUAUGUUGGAGACAUAAAGGAAGUUCCAUUAUGGGAAAUCCUUGUGAAGUCUAUAAUAUAUGGGAUCAUCACUAUACUCUCUCUCAUUGGAAAUGUUUUGAUAAUUGUUAUUGUCAUGAACAACAAAACUAUGAAGACUGUUACAAAUUAUUACAUAGUGAAUUUAGCCGUGGCGGAUCUAAUGGUCACAUUAACUUGUACCUGGGUCACAGUGGUUGACAACCUUACCGAGGGGUGGACCCUUGGAGCAUUCUUCUGCAAACUCAAUACAUUUACAAAAGUUCUUUCCCUUGUGGCAAGUGUGCUCUCCCUAACACAGAUUGCAUAUGAUCGAUUCUUUGGAAUCGUCUUUGCAUUGAGAGCGCGGAUGACAGAAAGAAGAGCAAGUAUUUCUCUGGUCAUUAUUUGGAUUUUCUCAGUAAUCGUGGGUAUACCUGUGCUCUUCUUCCGACAACUAAAAUCACGAGAAUGGAUGGACCAUACAGAACUCUGGUGUGACGAUAACUGGCCGGUUGAGAUAGAAGUGGUGGCUAAUGUCACAAGAUACACAAUGCCCUUAAGGACAGCUUACUUUGUGUCAGUUUCUGUGGUGCUGUAUUUUAUUCCAAUGGUGGUAAUGUCUAUUGCGUAUGGAGUCAUUAUACUUAAACUUAAGACGACGCAUAUUCCAGGAGAAAUUAUGGACAAAAGAGACGAACAGCAGGCUAAAACAAAGAGAAAGAUUAUCAUUAUGUUGAUUACCAUCCUGGCCGUGUUUUGUGUAUGCUGGCUACCUUGUCAGGUCAUGUUACUUUAUACAGAACUCAGGGGCAACAGAAGCAAGCUCGGGGAUUGGUACUACAAGUUUGAAUUUGCUGCAUACACAAUGGCUUAUUCCAACAGUGCCCUGAAUCCAUUGAUUUAUGCAGGAUUCAAUGAAAAUUUCAAACAAGGGUUUGAACAUUAUAGAAUAGAGCAUCGUGAUACGCAGCGUAGCAAAACCACACGGUAUGUGAUGAAGCAUGCGCAGUAAGCUGUUAGAAUGUCGCAUUAGUUUUCCUGUCCCUGUUUUGACUUCGACCAUUGUCAUAAUUAUAUAUUUCCCUAGAGAUAGGUUAGAUAAAGGUGUUAAUUUCUAAUGCAUGUCACACACACAAUAUGACCAUGAUGCAUCUUACUCACAAUCGCAAAGAGGAAAUGCUCGAAUUACGGAAAGAAUUCAUUUAUUUAAUGAAAAACUAGAGAGAAGUACACAACUCUACGCUAGUAAUAGAGUGAAACUAUAAGUAUGUCGCUAAAACUCGGUUCUGAAUGAAGUUCGACUAUUACAAUAAUUAUUUGUAGAUUUGGUAAAAUAUUUGUCAAUAAGACAAUCUAAAGGCAAACUUUAUAACCCUUCCCCCUUCCUACAACAACAAAGAAGAUAUCUAUGUUUGUAUGUGGCGUUUACCAGCAAACAAAUGCUUUCUGUCAUCAGCAAGGUCUCAUCUACGAGUAUAUAUAUAUAUUUUCGGCGAGGAUUUUGUUCUCAUCAUCGAUUGAUCUUGAAAACAUAGGGUGGAACUCUGUUGGUAGGUAGUGAUUUAGGAUUGCAACACUGUUGCAUUGUCUGUGUGACUAUAAUAGCUUUAUUCAUCAGCGCAUACAAAAAACCUAAAAUAUGCUAUGCAUGUGGCUAAACAUCUAAGUUACACUUAAAAUAAUCCUAUCGAUUUUGAAAAUGUAUUAAGAAUGUUCUUAGAAAGUAAUGGUGUGAUU